AUGGCGAUAUCCGGCUUAUUUUUCAAAUUUGGUAAGGAAACGCCUGCUUGUGAGAAUUGGUUUACUUGUUCUUCUUCUUUUAGGUCCAGUAUUAGACGAGCACAUCAAGCUGUGCAAUUUGCAGCACAACUUGGACCACAAGUUAUUUUUCCCAGAAAACUUGAAUCUAAACUCCCUGUCGUAAGCCUCUAUUUUGGAACAAGUAAUGACAACGAAGAUACACGGCGACCAACUGAUGGGAACAACAAAGAGAAAUCGCCAUCCAAGAAAGUCGAUAUUUUGUACAACUCAAAUCUGAAUGAACGCCAGAGAGCUGCAGUUUCUCGUAUCCUAAGUGGUCAGUGUCGACCAACUCCAUACAUUCUGUUUGGUCCUCCUGGGACAGGCAAGACAGUAACACUUGUGGAAGCUAUAUUACAGGUUUUCCACAGGAUUCCCGCAAGUAGAAUACUAGCCUGUGCACCUUCUAAUAGUGCUUCUGAUCUCUUGGCCACACGCCUUCAUCGCAGUGGAUUUAUACAAGAGGGUGAUAUGGUUCGUCUUAAUGCUUUUCAGCGUGGUCAAGAGAUCCCUGAGUCUAUUGCAUCAUACUGUCUAAAUACAGAUAGCCACACGCCUUCAUCGCAGUGGAUUUAUACAAGAGGGUGA